CUUCGAGUCACUAACAUGGCCGUCAACAAGGGAGCGAGUCCAAGGAUUUUGAGACGAAUAUUAUUUGAUUCUGCUUAAACACUCUUGAUGAUUGACGAUACUACUUGCGGGUCGUUGAGGUUACAGCUCUAUAACAUCCCUUUGAAUGUAAGAAGAGAGAAGCCACACCCUCUCAUAGAUUACAGUUCCCUGGGCAUCGACUACAGCCCUGAGAACCGUCCCUCAGACUGGCAGUGCCCGCAGGCGAGGCAUCUUGGAGCUGGGGGCCGGGCUGGUAUCGGGACAAGUGUGGACCGUAACUACCAGCUCUGGGCAGCUCGACAGAGCAUGGUGAGAUACAGCGGUUGCCAUGGAGCUACAGGAUAAGAAACAGGAGGAGGAGGCGACUCCACUGGGACUGUCCACGGCUCAGGCUCUGUGCACCCUACGGGACCAGCUGUCCAAUUUACUGGGGCAACACCAGAAAUUCAGCCGGCGAAGAUACACGAUACAGGAGCUGUGGGCUAAGAGCUUCCUUCACCAUGACGACCGGCAUUCGUGCUUCCAUUGGCCAGGAGCUGUUCUCACUCUGGUUGUGGUGGUUGGGCUGUUGUGUUGUCAUGGCAGCCAGCCGGAGGGCAGUCAAGGCAUAGAGCUGGUGAACGCAGGUGCACUCUUCCUCCUGCUGCUGCUGAACCUCUUCCUCAUCAGACGGCAGCAGAGGUUACGGACCAGCGAGAUGGUGCGGAGGCUCAAGUCCAUCAUCUCACAGCUGAACGAUUAUUUGGAGAGAAGUGCAGGACAUCCAAUUAGAUGGGCCCCCUCUUUGUACCCUGACCUCUACACUCCCACCUCCACUUCCUGGUCACUGCAUUGGACGUUCAGAGAUGAGCAACUGGUCAAUCUACCUAUCAGUCUACUGGUGGAAGGUGAUGUCAUCGCUCUUAGACCAGGCCAGGAAGCCUUUGCAUCUCUCAGAGGCAUCAAGGACGACGAACACAUCGUGCUGGAGCCUGGAGACCUUUUUCCGCCGUUCUCCCCUCCUCCCUCCCCACGCGUGAAUGAGCGGAGGGGCCCCCACAGUCCUCAGCAGUACCGCCUCUUCAGGGUGGUGCGCACACCUAUACUCGACAGUGUCAGGAACAGUCUUGACCUGGCUCUCUCCCGUCCAAUCACAGCCCUCGAUAACGAACGGUUCACUGUGCAGUCCAGUAUUGCCAAAUUCGCCUGUCCUGCUGUAUUGGUGGCCUUUUUCUCUAUUAACACGAUCCGGUACUUCUGUGACACUCCUGGUCUCACCCCUGGACCCUUCAACUUCCUUCAGUUGCAGAUGAUGGGUGUGUUGCCUAUUUUACCUCUUCUGUUUCCUGUCAUGUGGGUUCUGGUCAAUGCGUAUGGAGAGGCCCGUGUGUUAGCCGAGUCCAGCCGUAACUCUCCCACUGGCCUGCUUGCUAAGUUCUCUGAGGACACUCUAAGCAGCUACACGGAAGUGGUGUCCUCCCAGGAGAUGCUACGCUGUGUGUGGAGACACCUGGUCAGUGUGCUGAAAGGAGAGUCCCAGACCCUCUGUUAUACCUCCAGUCUGCUGCACUCGUUGGGUUCCGUCACUGUGCUAUGCUGUGUGGAUAAGCAGGGUAUUCUGUCCUGGCCCAACCCCAGUCCUGAGACUGUGCUGUUCUUCAGCGGACGAGUAGAGCCUCCUCAUGACAGCCAGGAUGACCUCAGAGACGACCUGUCAGUCAACUCCCUCUGCAGGACAGAGGGCGAGGAGGAACGAGAUGAGCCUCAGGAAGGUGAAGCACUGCUGUGUUUACCAGCAUUUGAACCCUCCCUUCACAUGGCCGAGCAGGAACCCAGUGAGACGUCACAUGACACCGCCCGUUCCUCGGACACUCAACGCCAGCGACGAGGACCCCAAACCACCCGUUCCAAACACCCAUCGGGCUCCAACGUCAGUUUCAGAGAUGACACUGAGGGUGGAGACGACAUUCCUCAGCCAUGCGGUGUGGGUGAUGAUCUGUGUGAAGCAGAAGAUUUUGUGUGUGACUAUCAUCUGGAGAUGCUGAGCCUGUCCCAGGAUCAGCAGAAUCCCGUCAGCAUCCUCUUUGAUGACUCCGGUUGGCACAAUCACCUGCCCUCUUUGAAGCCCCUUGGCCUGAACAUCCUGUUAAACCUGUGUAAUGUCACCGUCACCCAGCAGCUCUGCCGAUUCUCAGAUCACCUGUCCAACCUGGCGCUGCAGGAAUGCCAUGGGGCGGUUCUCCCCGUUCACGUUCCCUGGGGCCUCUGCGAACUAUCUCGCCUUAUAGGUUUUACUCCGGGAGCGAGAGAACUGUUUAAGCAUGAGAAUCAUCUGGCUCUGUACCAGCUCCCUUCAGGAGAGAAGGCCAAAGAAUCUGCCCCUCGACGCCUCCAUAACUUCACUAAACGCCAGCCCCCCAUCAGUCACCUCAUCAGUCUGUUUGUUAGGGAGAGCACUACCAAUAAUGUGCAGAUGCUCUCCCACGGCUCGGCCGACCUCAUCCUGGAAGCCUGCACGGAUUUCUGGGACGGCGCAGACAUCUAUCCGCUGUCUGGCACUGAUAGGAAAAAGGUUCUAGAUUUCUACCAACGUGCCUGUCUGUCAGGAUAUUGUUCUGCAUUUGCCUAUAAGCCUAUGCAGGUGGCAUUGUCUGAGCAGCUCAAUGGAAAGUGUGUGGAGCUGGCUCCAGGCCCUACACUCUUUUCUGGGGUGGAGCUUCCCAGUACCACCCCCAUCAAACACGGCAGCCGCAGGAACAGCUGGAGCUCUGAUGAGGGUAUUGGAGAAAGUUUGGAGAAGGAGGACUGUGUUCAAGCUCUGAGCGGCCAAAUCUUCAUGGGAAUGGUGUCAUCCCAGUUCCAGGCCCGUCUGGACACUGUACGGCUAAUUGAGAACCUGGUGGGAGCCUGUAUCCGCUUUGUGUACUUCUCCAUGGAGGAUGAGCUACGUAGCAAAGUGUUCGCUGAGAAGAUGGGAUUGGAGACGGGCUGGAACUGUCACAUCUCUCUGACUCCAAAUGGAGAUGGUCACUGCGAUGGUGCUCCGUCCAGUCCUAGCCAAGCAGGAUCCUUACAUGACGACCUUCUGCAGGAUUCUCGUGAUGAUGCAGAGGGCCCACUACUGCCUGAGGAUCAAUCAGAUCUUGCCAGCUUCCAGCCUACUGACAGUGAUGUGCCCAGUUUCUUAGAAGACUGCAACAGAGCCAAACUGCCUCGUGGCAUCCAUCAGGUUCGUCCUCAUUUGAAGAACAUAGACAAUGUGCCUCUACUGGUGCCCCUGUUCACAGACUGCACCCCUGAAACAAUGUGUGAAAUGAUGAAGAUCAUGCAGGAGAACAGAGAGGUGACGUGCUGUUUGGGGAGCUCCGCAAACUUCCGUAACAGCUGCCUUUUCCUGCAGAGCGACAUCAGUAUCUCCCUGGAUCCCCUGUACCCGUCCCGGUGCUCGUGGGAGACGUUUGGAUAUGCUGCAGGCUGCGGGCUGAAUAAAGACUGUGAUGAGCUGUCUCCACUGGGGCUCAGUGCUCAACUCAACAGCCUUGCCUGCUCUGUCUCCUUCCAUCAGGGCGAGAGUGUCAGCAUGGUCAAACUUAUAGAGCAGGCGAGACACACUACCUACGGCAUUCGCAAGUGCUUCCUCUUCCUACUGCAGUGUCAACUAACACUGGUCAUCAUUCAGUUCCUGGCCUGCCUUAUUCAGCUGCCUCCUCCCAUGAACAUCACAGACAUACUGUGGCUUUCCUGCUUCUGUUACCCUCUGCUAAGCGUGUCAUUCCUGGGAAAACCUCCUGACAGUUCGGUGAUGACAGUCGCUACUGGAAAGAAUCUGGACUCCAUACCACGCAAGACCCAGCACUACUUCCUGGGCUGGUUCCUGUUGAAGUUUGGUCUGACGAUGUUGGCCUACUUAGUCGGCUUCGGGUUUUCUCUACAGGAAGUGUGUUCUAGAGCUGCUAACCUCACAAAAACUGAUAACAGCACCAUAACAUGCUCCCACAUUCUGACAUCCAGCUCCAAGGAUGCCCCGCAGUGGUUUGGUGAAUUGUCCAAUGGGCUGCUUCUGAUCCAGAAGAUCAUGGCAGGGUUUCUAGCUUUGCACACAGUGGUCAUCUCUCUGAGUUAUGUGCACCGUUCACAACCCCUCUGGAGGAUGAACCCAUUCAGUAACACAUGGUGGUGUCUCACAGUGCCUGUGGUGUUGUUGGGACAGGUGGUGCAGGCUGUGAUAGACUAUCAAUUGUGGCAGGACAGGAGUACAGAAGUGGUCUUCACUCUACAUCACAUUCCCCUGUUGGUCUGGCUGUUAGUCUCUCUGUCCAUCGUACUUGUGGUGCUAAUCAAUGAAGCAGUAAAACUGCAUGAAAUCAGGGUACGAGUGCGUUACCAGAAGAGACAGAAGCUUCAGUUUGAGACUAAGCUGGGAAUGAACUCUCCCUUCUGACCUAAGAUAUGUACAGGACGGCAUGGUCGUAUUUGUGGUGGAGAAGAUCAUGGUUCCUUUGGAUUCCCUUCAGCAGAGCUCUUCCUGCGACACCUCCAAUGGGCGGAACGUUAUUUCUGCCAUGAACGCCACUGAGGGCUGCGUUUUUAUCUGUGAGAUCCUGGACUAUCUAAUCUUUAUUUUGAGUACAGCCUACAUCAAUGUUGUUUGAGGGAUGUUCACCUGCAUGCUGCUUUGGUUUGGACAGG